UACCACGAAAACCAUGAGUACCACGAGCUGAAGAAGAGGACCUCUCGGGAUUAUUGUCGAUCUCAUGCGCAGGAUCCCAUAUACAAGAUCCGCAAUCGCAUCAGCAAAUGGAUCACUAAAUUUGCUUGGGUCAGAGAAGAGCUGGAUUGGAAAUCACAUAUACCGAUAUACAGUGACACGAGAGUUGUCAGAUACUGCAAGAGCUGUGAGCAUGCGGGUAUAAGAGGCACCAAAUUAUGGUGGUGA